UGAAUAAUGGCUUUGAGAGCUCGCUAUAAAUGGUCUGAUUUGACGGAUGAACAACUGCUGGAGUUGUUCGAAUCAGUCCCGUCGGAUGUGGACAUGUCGAGUAUUUCGAGUGACGACGAGGAUGAAGACGUGGCAGAGGCACUUAACACUGCAUUAGUAGAUGUCUCUACUGUAUCCUUAAUGUGCAGUAAUAUUGAAAACAAUGAAAAUACUGUGCAGAGCCAUGAGCCUUCCCGAAAAACUCGUAAGAGGCCUCGAUCACCAUUGCCAGUUAUUGAAGGAGCAACACCUGUAUCUUUACCGUCUUCUGGUGGUUUUAAUGGGCUUGGUAUCGAAUCAAUUAUAAAGGAACCUAGUAAAGUUAUGUGGCGACAGCAAUCUAUGCAAUUGCACAUAAACAAUGUUGCUUUUCAAGGCGACUCUUCGUUGCCAUCCAAAAUAACUGAUCUGAAAACUCCGUUUCAACUAUUUUGUUAUUUUUUAAACUCGGACAUUAUAAGUAUAAUCGUCAAGGAAACAAUGCGCGCAGCCUUAAAGGACAAUAUUGCCAACAAGUUUAAGAUAACAACGGAAGAUAUUCAUCACUAUAUAGGAAUUUUAAUUUACAUGUCUAUAUAUCGCUACCCUAAUUUGAAAAGUUACUGGGGGCAAAAUGCAUUUGCACCCAUACAAACCUGUAUGACCCGUAGCAAAUUUGAAGCAAUUAAGAAAUACUUCUCAUUGUGUGACGAGAGUAAGCGAAUCAAAAAGGGUGAGCCUGGCUACGAUCCACUAUUUCGCACGCGAAGAGUUAUUGACAUUUUGAAUGAAAGAUUUGACUCCGUGCCUAAGCAAGCUCGAUUAUGCGUUGACGAACAAAUGUGCAGCACAAAAAUGAAGCACCAUUUGCGGCAAUACAUGCCCAAUAAACCACACAAGUGGGGUAUUAAAACAUUUGUCCUAUGUGAUUCUUUUGGAUAUGCCUACCGAUUUGAAGUAUAUAGCGGCGCAGGUGAUAAUGCGAUAUUACCUGGUUACCCUGAUAUCGGUGCGUCAGCCAACAUAGUUGUACGCUUGACGAAAACUGUUGAAAGUUUCAAACAUCAUAUAAUAUAUUUUGACAAUUUUUACACAUCGCUGCCUUCGGGCAAAAGGGAUUUAUAG